UGAUGUAUAGAUUUUUUUAAUCUCCUUCAAUUCCAUUCUCAGAAAGAAAAAAAAGGAAUCUCCUUCAAUUCUUUCGGGAGGGAUCCCUCAACCACCGCUCUCCACCCUGUCGGCGGCCCGGCCCCCUCCUCUGACAAUCGGCCAUAAACUGGAUUCUUUUUCUUCUUGACGAGGGUAGAAUAGCUAGGAACGAAAACAGUUGAUGAUAAUUUUUUGGAAAGGGAGAUUUUGGAGAAGAGAAUAAUGGAUUGCGAUCACAGAAAUCAUCGAGUUACCAAGGACGACGUGAUAUCCAAGCUCAAAGACGACGGCGAUUUUGAUAAGCUCCGUCUCAGCAUCAUUCGCAAGCUUAAAGACCAUGUGGAAUUGCGGGAAAAAAUGAGUUCUAUUGUGAGGCAAUCGGCCGCUCUUACUCGUUUGGGUGCUGAGAAUAUGAAACCAAGGCAACUUUCAGAUGCUAUAUAUCAAGAAGUAGGGGACAAACUAAUGAGCCAGAUUUCUGAUGGGCUGUGGGGAAUAAUUAGAUCAAACGAUGUGGUCAAAACUGAAAUUAAAGAAACUGUUCACUCUGUCUACAAGAGACUAACGAGCACAGAAGUGAAAGUGGAGGUUGAAUCCUCAACAUCUCAGUUGAUGCCAGUUCAAAAGAAAAAUAAAGCAAUGGAUUCGAUACUUGUUCCAGCCAGUAAAGCAAUGUUGUCUGAAAAUGAGCCAAAUGAACCACCUGGAUUCUCACUCUCUCAUAAACAUCUGAAGAGAAAAAUAAAGGAUCUGCAGCCGUCUUCACGCCAUGAGAAAAGACAUGUGGCUGAUCAGCAGGGAGUGCCUGUCAUAUUACAGGAGAAGCAUGAGCGUGGUCAUGUUGAUCACGGUCAGUCGCCCUCUUUUUCUGUUCGUAUUGAACACCAGAAAACAGAUUGCUGUAGUGAUGAGGACCCUGAUGUGCCUCCUGGUUUUGGAUGAUGGAUUAACAUGCAACUCAGUUUUUCAUUCUCUAAGAAGUUAGUUUCUCACUGUUAUAUGCCAUUACAAUCGAAGACAGGAACAACUUAAUCAAUAUCUCAACAUGAGUUGGCGAAGAAAACAUGCUGUCCUACUUUCAUUGCCAGAAGCACUAGAUCCCUGGAAGGCUUGAGAUUUUUUUUCCUCCUGACGAAGAGAGGCGAGAAACCUGUUUUGAUUAGUUUUACUAAUUUAUGAUGCCAUAAAUUGGGUUUUAGAGAUUUUUGUUUGUAAUUGCUAGUUUGUGCCUGACUAAUUAGCCACUCUGUAGUACUUUGGAAAUUACUUGUGAUAUUGACAUGUCUAAUUCUUGAUUAACAUAAUUCAUUUUAGUAGGAAAGAAAUUGUAGGA